AUGGCUGACGAUCCAAACCUACUCGGUCCGCAGCCGAGUUUAGUGAGACUCGCUCAGGGUCUUCGAAUUGCUGCAGAUGAAGCCGAGAAACUUCAAAAUUCUCCUGCCUUCAGAGAUGGCGAGGCGAUCGUAGCUGCGAUUCAAGACCUCAGCCAAAAAUUCCACAACCAAUUCCAGACCCAGAACCAAAAAAUCCAGAACCUCACCAAUGAAACCCGGAGCUUCCGUCAAGAACUUCGGACUCAGUUGAAGGCAAGCGAACUGAACAACGUGGCUCGAAUUCAGAAUUCGUACGCUUCUACUCCCGAAUCUCCUCUCAUGCCACUGGUCAACAUCUCAACUGCUGCUCAAGUUCCUAAUUUCCCCGCUAUGUCAAAAGACAUUGCUCGAAUGGGGGGGCCCGAACUGGAUGCCAUCCUACGAGACUUGGGUGUAGAACCUACAACAGAAAGUGUGGCUUCAAAGAGAAGGCAGUUGAGAGGAUUGAUUGGUCUGGCAACACGACCUGAAACCGCAUAA